AUGUUCACCGACUUCGACCACCCCUGGCUCCGCCCUCUCGCCUUCAUCAUCUUUCUCCUUAUCUGGCAUGUCCUAGGUUCUCGUGUUCUCCAGGGAAGCAGCAGGAUCCCUUCACCUGGCUUGCACGAUGUCAUUGAUAUUCUCGCGGCGCAUCUCUGCUGUUGUUUUCUGUGGUACCCUUCGCCAUUGAUCUGGUUCCUUGUCUUCACCUUUCUGAAGAGACACAUUACCCUUUCACGGCUAUCCAUUUCGCAGCAGCGUCCCCAGAGCGAGCCAACCACAGAGAUCAACGAACCAGUCGACACACUCACGUCACAAUUUCCACCUAAGCCAACUAUUUCGCUGCAGCGUUCUCAGAGCGAGCCAGCAAUAAAAAUCAAACAAUCAGUCCACACAUUCACAUCGCAAAUUCCACCCAAGCCAACCAUUUCGCAGCAGCGUCGGAGCGAUCCAACCACAGAGAUCGACCAACCAGUCGACACACUCACAUCGCAAUUUCCACUCAAAGACAGCAAUCGGCUCUUGAAAGACUUGCUUCGGUCACCCAUCGUGCUUCCCUCGUUCCCCGGCAUGCAAUCGAUCUAUCAGCCAAGCACCCGGCCCAUCACUCUUCGAAGGAACUCUGGCACGAUACCCAUCUUCCGUCCUACUACUGGCAACGAUGGUCGCGCAUCGACUACGACGCGUUUUGACAAGGGCAAGCAGCCGAUGGGAACCCCCUUGCACACGGUGUCCAACUCCAAAGGUCUGCCAAUCUUGACACAGAACUACCAGGGUUCGCAGUCUGUGAACUCUAACUCAAAGACGUCGCUUCUGGGCAAGCGCAAGCCCACCGAUCUGAAUUCACCUCGCAUGAGCACCCUGUUGAUGCCUGGUGCGCGGGAUAUCAUCCCGCCAGUAGACUCAGGGAAGCGGCGCAAGCUGGACGGCUUCGCGCAUAUCACAUCUACUAGUGCUAUUGGCAAGGAAUGA